GUUUUAUGGCCGGAAGAUGGUGAGUAUCUUGAUGUCGAACGCCAAGUUUGAUGCAUUUCUGAAGCAGUGCCUGCCAUCCCACGACUUGCGGAAGGUCAUGGCGGCCAUUAAACAGCGGGGACUAGAAGAGAGUGAUGAACUGCCGUCUGCCAAAGGCCACAAGGUGUCGAGGAGUCUGGCCGUGUGUGAGAACGGGCUGCCCGGUGAGGACGGGCUCAGCUCCAAUGGCCCGAGGCUGGCGGGGCUGCGCUCUUCCCGGCGCGGUGGCUCGGAGAUGGCGGAGCAGCUGCGGGAGCUGACACGGCUGCUGGAGGCCAAGGACCACCAGUCUCGGAUGGAAGGUGUGGGGCGGCUCCUUGAGCACUGCAAGUCCAAGCCGGAGCUCAUCACCGCCAACCUGGUCCAGGUCUUCGAUGCUUUCACCCCAAGGCUUCAGGAUUCCAACAAGAAAGUGAACCAGUGGGCGCUGGAGUCCCUCACCGAGAUGAUUCCCCUCCUCGGAGAGAGCUUGCACCCCAUGCUGCUCUCCAUCAUCGUCGCCGUUGCAGACAACCUCAACUCCAAGAACUCGGGGAUUUAUGCUGCCGCUGUGUCUGCACUGGACGCGAUGAUCGAGAGUCUGG